AUGCGCGCCUCCAUCUUCAUCUCUGCCCCUAUCUUCGCCAUUGCGGCCCUGGCUCAAGACUCCUCUUCGUCUGUCGAUGCCUUCCCUCAGACCUCUCGUCUGACGCAGACCAACUCGCUCGGCGUGAUCACUGGCCAGCCUGCUGCGGCGACUUCCAUCCCCGACCAGCCCCCUGCGGUGACCUCGCAGCCUGCGGUCGCUACAUCCGUCGGCGAGGCUAACAAUGUUCCGGCUGGACUUAGUGGUAUUAACACGAUCCUGCUCCCCGGCACUGCGGGCGCCAACUCCACCCGUACUCUCGUCGUCUCUGCCAACAACAGCACCACCGUCACUCUUACCAACGCCACUCCUAGCGGCAGCGGCGGUGCAUCCGGCUCUGCUGGUACCGUCACCGGCACUGGCGCUGGCGCGUCAGGUACCGGACGUGCAUCUGCUAGCGGCUCUGGCACCGCUGCUAAGUCUACCGGUGCCGCUGCGACGAUGCGCGCUGUUGCCGGCUCCGUUGCUGGUGUCGGUGCCUUCGUCGCUGCGUUCUUGUAA